CCAGCAUCUCCAUCCAAAAGGCAGCAGCAAAAUAAAAUAAAAAAUCCUCUUUCCACUCUUUCAUUCACCAUGGCACCGAGCAAUCCCCAGCUCAAUGUGUCUCUUGCCCCAGCUGCCAUUUUCACCAAUCGAGGCUUCCGAAAUGCUGAAACUUACUCCAAGUUCCUUCGUAGCUUCCGUGACCGUGUUCUCCACCCCACGUUCCUUAUACCCCCGACGAUCUUCAAUCGUUAUAGGCUGCGGGUCAAUGGAUAUUUACAUGACCUCGAGUGGAGCUCACUGCUCAAAAAUCAGCUCCUUGAUCAAUGCCCCGAAGUCGUGAGGAUGUUCUACGCCAGUAUGCAGUGUGGACCUGGUCGCACUCCGUCGUACUUCACGACUACUGUCUACAAUUUCAAUGUGACAGUCACCAAAGAUAUGCUGGCUAAUCUGCUACACCUCCCUCACGAUGGAUACAUAGCAGGCUCAAUAGAAGAAUUCAACAGCUAUGGAUUUCAUCCUAUCGACACUAUGUCGUAUCUCUCUCGAGAUUCUGGGAAGUAUCAGUCAUCCAUGUUUUCCAUUGAACGGCUGCCUGAUGAUCUGAAAGCUCUUCAGUUCUACAUCACACACAUGUUCCUGCCCAGAGAAGCUGAAACAACCACGACUCUCGAAGAAUCCGAUCUCUGGAUUAUGUUUAACGCUCGAACCGGCUGCCGGAUCAGCUAUGCUUCUCUCAUGUUUAAUCACAUGAUUAAAUAUCGAGAAGAGGAUUGUGGCGGGAAACUGCCCUUUGGUCCGCAAAUCACCACGUUGCUGGCGCUUGUGGGAGUCGAUUUGCGUGACAAACUGACUAGCCGUGAUGUUCAUUCGGAUCUGCAAGCACAACAUGUGCUGAGACGUACCCUCUCGGGGCUUGGACCCCGUAAACUUGCCAAAGUUCAAGGGGGAGACAAAGCUGCUAAGGCUGGAACAGAUUCUGCAGAAGAGGAACAUGAAGUGGAAGAGGAGGCGUGGAUGAAGGGCAAGACAGCUGAGCUAGCUGCUGCUGAAAUCAGCAGCCUUGACAAAGGAAAAGGGGUAGUCGAAUGGUCUGCAAAGCGGAAGAAGUCUCGGAGUAUGGAUCACGUUCAGGAAGGAUUAAGGCUGGAAAAGGAAGGUAAAAGCCUUAUUCGUGACUUUACCUUGGUCCUGAAGGGAAAAGAGGCAAGUUCCUCUUCCAAGCGAGUCAACAGGGUUCUAUUCGUACCGUUGGAGGAUGAGGAAGUCGAUCCAUCUGAAUAUGCAUCAUCUCCGGAGUACACCUACUAGGAAUCGACUUGCUGUUAGACUUAGGUGGAGUUCCAUGAAUGCUUGCUUUGAUUAACCGGUCUGCUUUUGGUUAUUAAGUCUGUUUUGGUUGUUAAGUUUGCUUCAAGGGUUAAUUGUAGUUCUGGUUAUGAUAGAGUCUAGGUAGAGGUGUUGAGAUCCUGUGUCAAGUGUCUGGUGGUGUGUCUUAUGUUUCCUUGAAUAAAAUGGACUCCUUUUU